UAGGGAUUUGUUUUAAUGAGUUUUAUUAAAAGCGGGUGGUUUUGUUUUGAAUUGGCAGCUGAAAUUGUAUGCGAGGAAUUGCCAAAUGACAUUUGUGCAUUUACCAUCUCAUCAUCUGGCAAGAGGUGCUUGUUGGAGACAUAUGCAACGAAGAAUGGUGCCGUUGAGUACCAGUGCCGGACAUCCGAGGUGGUGGUUGAGAAAAUGGCAGAUUACAUAGAGACUGAUGCUUGUGUCAAGGCUUGUGGGGUUGACCGGAACUCCGUUGGUAUUUCUUCUGAUGCACUCCUUGAGCCUCAAUUCACCGCCAAGCUUUGCUCUCCUGCUUGUUACCAGAAUUGCCCCAACAUUGUUGACCUUUACUUCAAUCUGGCUGCUGGGGAAGGUGCCUUUUUGCCUGACCUCUGUGAUGCUGCACGCUACAACCCUCACCGGUCCAUGAUUCAGCUUAUGAGCUCCGGUGCCACCCCUGGACCUUCUGCUUCCGAAUCGGCAUCCAUAGCCUCUGCCCCUGCUUCCGCUCCCAUGUAAUCGAACACACACACACACACAGAUCUAGUGAUUUAGAAUACCCAAGAGAGUUCGGCUACACUUAUCCGUCCCGGGGCUACACUUUGUCGUACUCUGUUUUUGGUCGAGGAUUGUCUUAUGAGGACUAUACCAUUGUUGAGUAUCGUGCAUACAGAAUUUGUGUUCCUUUCUUUAUUUGAUGAAAUAAUACAAUUAAUUAAUUU